UCAGCUCGCUGUCUGAUUCUGGGAUUAUCCACAAACCUCUAGUUGUUUCUAAAUGGAACGUCUAUCAUGAGCGCGGAGCAGGGAUUUCCUCCCUAAACCACUUCCGUCUGUCUUCCCGACACAGAAUGACCCGCAGUGAUUGACCGGCCAUGGAGGUCCAGAGUAGUCUGUCUGCGUGUUGGCGGAGGUUUCUGGCGUGUUUCAAGAAGCCGGGUCAGUCUGCGGGGGAGAGCGGGUCUGGGGACAAAGUCGACGCGGUGAUAGUGAACUUCGCAGCCGAGAGGAGCGCAGCGCCCGGCGCCGAGAGGAAGAGCUGGCGGCCGGCGGACAACUCGGGGGAUUUUUACAUCGCCCUGUACGACUACUCCGCUCGCACCGAGGAGGACCUCAGCUUCCAAACCGAGGACAUCUUAGAGGCUCUGGACAAAAGUACUGGUGACUGGUGGUUUGCCAAAGCCAUCACCGGCCUGUCAACUUCCAAAACAGGAUACAUCCCCGCCAACUAUGUGGCACCUGUGGAGAGUAUUGAUGCAGAACCAUGGUAUUUUCCCGACACCAAGCGUCAGGAUGCGGACAAGAUGCUGCUGGCUGAAGGGAACCGGCAUGGUGCCUUCCUCAUCAGAAACUCUGAGAGCCAGAAAGGAGAGCUCUCCCUCUCAGUGCUGGACAGCGGGAAGGUGAAGCAUUACAAGCUGAAAAAAAAGGAGAAUGGUCAAUACUUUGUGUCGACGACGAGAUGCUUUUCAACAAUUAAGGAGUUGGUACAACAUUACUCCGGACAGGCUGAUGGCCUCUGUGUGCGUCUGGCUGAACCAUGCAAAAAGAUGGAGGCUCCACAGACGUAUGGUAUGUCCUACAACACAGUGGACCAAUGGGAAAUUGACCGCAACUCCAUCAAGCUGCUGAGGAAGCUGGGAGCGGGUCAGUUUGGUGAAGUCUUCGAGGGCAUAUGGAACGAAACCACAGCAGUCGCAGUGAAGACCCUCAAACCUGGUACCAUGGAUCCCGAGGACUUCCUGAGAGAGGCUCAGAUCAUGAAGAGGCUGCGGCAUGCCAAGCUGAUCCAGCUGUAUGCAGUCUGCACCAUGGAGGAGCCCAUCUACAUCAUCACAGAGCUGAUGAAGAACGGCAGCCUGCUGGAUUACCUCCAGAAGGAUAAAGGCACCACGCUAGCGAUCUCUGACCAGAUCGAGAUGGCUGCGCAGGUUGCAUCAGGUAUGGCGUUCCUGGAGUUGCAGAACUACAUCCACAGAGACCUGGCAGCCAGGAAUGUCCUGGUGGGCGAAAACAACCUCUGCAAGAUCGCCGACUUUGGCCUCGCCAGGGUCUUCAUGAAAGAGAAUGAAAAUGUGUACGAAGCCAAAGAGGGCACAAAGUUUCCGGUGAAGUGGACUGCUCCAGAGGCUAUCCAUGACAACAAGUUCACGAUAAAAUCUGAUGUGUGGUCCUUUGGUGUUUUGCUGUAUGAGAUCAUGACAUUUGGCCAGAUGCCGUACCCAGCCAUGACCAACUUCCAAGUGGUCCAGCGGAUUCCCCAGGGCUACAGGAUGCAGUGCCCCCCGCACUGCCCCAAAGUCAUGUACGACAUCAUGACGGACUGCUGGAAGGAGAAUGAACAGGACCGGCCCACGUUCGAGACCCUGCAAUGGAAACUGGAGGACUACUUCGACCUGGAUGUGACCUCGUAUGACGAUGCCAGCCGCUAUUAGCAAACCAACAUGUCUGGGACACAUUUGAGCGAAACAACAAAAAACUCUGAAUGCAGCGAAACAAAAUCAUACUCGUAUGGACACAAAUGUGGAGUUCCACUAACAGUUUCAUGAAGUUACUCAUUGAAAUGUAAUUUAAAAUUCCUCUUGUUGCACACAGUUGAAGGAUCUAAAAGUAUGAUAUGCAUGUGAUAGAAUACUGUGACUGUAGCUGGCACCCAGUGAGGAAGCUUUUGCUUCCAAGUGUGCUUAGUUUCGACACUCCUGGUCUCGCUUUGCGUGACAAAGGAAUGCACUUUCAGGGCAUUGAGCCUAACUCUGAGUUAGUCCUUAAAUAGAAGAGACCAUUUGCAGCACAAUCCAUCUCGAUGAACCUGUUCGUCUUGCACUCAGCAUAGCUCACAUUGUUUCCACCUGCAGAGCUUUACUGGAAGCUACCAGAGAGGGUGACUAAUGUUCUCUCAGUCUGUUGUACUUUGAGUCUUAGAUAGUGAGACUGAGGUGAGUCGCAGGUACUGUCAGUUCAGCACACUCAUGGUUGCAUAUGUAUUGCUUGCAACCAAGUAGAUCUUUUUCUUUUUAUUCCAAUGUAGGCAACUGAAUUUGGCCCUGGCAGCCCAUUACAGCCCCCCUAAAUGAAAGCACAUUACCAAUCUCUUUAUUGACAAAGUACAAAAAAUGGCUUCAUUCUGUUCCAUUACAUAAUAUAACUUCCUCUCUUGAAGCUCUUCUAUUUGGGUUACAAGAAAAGUAGAAGCUAAAGGACACUGCCAGGUUUUUAUGAAGCCCUGCAGGUGCAUGGGUUGAGGAAAAUUAAUGCAGACAAAUGAUUGGAGCAUAAACUUUCAGUAGCUGUUUGUAAGUUUUCAUAUCACUACAUAGUCAAUGUUAACAGCCUAAUAUCAAUCUAUUAGGCUACAUCCACCUUACUACACUUUUGUUUGAAAAUGCGUAAACUCUGCUAUGGAUACACCUGGCAUCCAAGUUUGGAAGCGCUGCUAGCCCCGUUUUAGUUUGAAAACUCCAGGGCUACAUUUUAGUCUGAGAUGUUUGGAAACAACCAGUUGCUGUUUGGGUCAUUUUGGUGACAAUGUAGGCUUCGCUGACAUGUCAGGGUCCUAUCACAUGACCUCAUUCCGAGAUAAAUAUUAGCCUCAGCUAGACUGAGUGUAGAACACAACAAUCUUUGCUUCUAUUGAAGUUAGCAUCCUAACCAGCUAGCCACGCACCAUAUGUGUGGUAGUGAGUCAGUGUAGGGUUCAGUCUGUUCUGAAUUAGUUGUGACCAUCACCACGACCUGCUCCUGGUAAGAAACUACAAUUGGCAACGCGAAAACGAAUCUCCCACAUGUAAUCUCAGCAUUUUGAGACAUUUUUAAGCUACAUUUAUAGCAUUUUUUUUCUGUUGUGGCCAUUGCACAUUAUUACAAAGGUGAUGCGAAGAACAUGUUAGUAAUUUCAUAAUCAGCAUAUAGAACAACAUAAGCAUUCAUUUUCAGUAGAGUUUGUAUACUUUUAGCUCUGUUUUGGGUCUCCUUAAAUCCUUGAGAGAGUUAUCUGACUCUUUAACUGCCUAAUUUGUCCACUUUAGCUCUGCAGGUUGUCACCAACUUUGGUUUACAACAGCUUUUCUGGCUGAAAAAACGAUCACAAUGAGGUAAAUCUAAACUGGAACCAAAGACUGGAGAAUUAUCUGUAGGUUGAACAACUUUUGCAUUAAAUGAUUAAAGUAAUGUUAAGGGAUAUCAAAUUAAAUCCUUAGUUUUCCAUCCAAAAUUGAAACAAAAGUAUCUUAGGUUUUUCCUCGGACGACAUUGACCUAAACACUCGAUUGUAAAACUCUGGCAGCAGAAACUGAAUUGGUCAGGUAGGGGGCAGCCCCAGCAUCAUGUUAGUGACCUUCUAGCAGUGAUGUUUCAGUAUUGAGAUGCCUAAAAGAACGAAAAACCAUUUUCUAACUAUACAUGUCCCUUCAACAUGUGUUUUGAUGUAAGGCUGAAUAUUGUUUAUCCUGUUGAUAGUUUUGGUUGCUAUCAGUUAGCCGCACGUUUAUCACAGUGUAACCAAAUGUUAAUUUAUUGCGAAAGAAACGGUGAGAGUUGGAUGAUCUAAUUUACUGUAAAUGAGCUGCUUGGAAGUUUAGAUGUUGGAUGGAGUUGCAUUGAUAUAAUUCAGAUUUUGUCGAUCAAACAUUGUUGUCAGAUGUUUGACCCCACCUUAAACAUAUGUUAAAGAUUGCGUAACAUGAUGUUCUGUAAAAUUGUCGCAAAGGUUCUUAUUUUUUUUUCUCCUAGACACUGUUUCGGCCACAGUGUUUGGUAGUCCAGGGUCUGUAUGGUGCCCUCAUGCUACUACACCUUAAGCCAAAGCACACUAACCUUUCUGCUUUUAUGAUCUAUCACGCUCAGUCAAAUGUUUUUUCAAUCAUACUCAUGUGGGAACUACAGUGUAAUGGCUCAGUGACUGAACUAUGCAACACUGGAUCAUUCCUUCUUUUUUUUACUGAUUCUGUUUGAAGUGUAGAGCUGCUCUCAGAUCUGUGGCAACAAUCUUUCUAAGAACAUGUUGUGUUGAUCGAUGUCUAACACAUUAAUAUCAGUUGUUGUACCAGCCAUCAUCGUGCUCUGAUGAUUUGAGUGUCUUGUGUUCAUAGUCAUGAACGCCAUCCUUUUAAUUGUAUGUUGUAACCAGGCCAGUGUUUAUAUAUAAUCAUACUGUAUUUUAACAUAAUUAUCCUUUUAUUUUUAUCACAAAUAAAUGAUUUAUAUUUA